UCCCCGUUCCCAACGCCCAAACCCUAUUGUCUGCUUUCCUGGGCUCUUCUUAAACCGAUUGCCACCCGCUGCCCUAAUUCGCACCAUGGCGCUCUCCGCACUCCCUCGCUUCCUCGCCUCCAGAACCUUGGGUAGAGCUGCUGAAGUAAAGUCACCACUAUGGUUGAUUAUGCAUGGAAUUUCUACAUCUGGACCUGAUCUUGUAACUGAUGCUGGGAGCGCCUCAUUUAGAAGAUAUGCAAAGUACACAGUUUUCAAAGGAAAAGCUGCAUUGUCGUUGGAACCAGUUCUACCAACUAUCCGUGAAGUGGAUUCAAGGAUUUCUAGAGUUUUUAAGAGAGGCUGUGUUGUGCUGAAAUUUUAUCCCGCAAUUGCACUGCAGAAGUAUGAUUGGAAAAGGAGGCAGGUCUUUGCUUUAUCACCUACUGAAGCUGGAAACUUAAUUGCUUUGGGUCCUGAUGAAUCAUGUGAAUUCUUACAUGAUCCUUCAUUGAAAUCAAGUCUUGAAGGUCAAGUGAGGAAAUCACUACAAGUUUCCCCCUCGGCCAAUGACAAGGGAUAUUUCCUAAACUUGAUGGUUGCAAACAAAAUCCAGAAUACAAAUGAGCGGCUUUCUAUUUCAGUUACUAAAGCUGAGUUCGCUGUCAUUCGCACAAUAUUAACUGUGACCGCAAUUCUAUGUAGUCCAUCCCCUGGUCCACAAGAAUAUGAAUCAGGAGAUCUGGUCUCGUCAAAAUGUGGUUACUGAGGCUGGUCACAGGCCAGGAGAUCGCAAUUGCCUGACACUGCAUCAAACCUGCACAAGCAAUUUGAGAGGCGACUAGAUCCUGCUUCCAAAUGGGAAAACUAACUUAGAUCUUGGUUUUCCAGAUGAUCUGUUAGUUACAACAAAUCAGGCUCAUGUUUUGAACUUGUUGGACGCUCGAUAUGGUCCACAAGAAUUUAUAUUGAACAUCAGUAGGUUAAAUCACAAAGACAUGGAAAUUGUAUGUUUUGGUGUAACUUUCCCUAAAAUGAAGGCAAUAACUUACGGUUCAA